GUCUUCCAGCAUUUGAAUCUCCGGGAUGCCUGGAGGCUGCUGUCGAAUUUGUGGAAGGCGAAGCCGGCCUUUGUGGUGCUCUCCUCCUGGCCCGACUCGCAGAACGAGGACUUGGAGAGCUUCGGCGGCUCCUCGGCUUUCGCGGCCAUGGAGCCCGCGAGCCUGAAGAACUUCAAGUCCUACGACCUCCAAAAGCCUCCCUUCAGCCUGCCAGAGCCCCUCGAUGCCUGGCCCGAAGUGCACCAGAACGCACGGAUGCUCGCUUUUCCUGGGGAAGUGCUCCGACGCUUUGAGUAG